AGUGACAGUCAGCUGGAGAGGAAUCACUUGUUGAAAACAGGCGAGCUUCCAUGUGCUUAAGCAUUUAGAGAACGGACUAGUAGAGGUGUCUUACAACCACCGAGAGUACUCCAGACUCUUCAUUCAAUGGACUUCUUACAGAUGGACCAUACUUCGCUGCAUCAUCACCAUCAUCAUCCUAAUUACUCCAUGCAGAACUACAGGCUGCCCCCACACACACCGCUAGACUCUAGUAUGGGCUACAAGUGGCUUGAAAAAUGCAACACACGACCAGUCACAGAGUCGUCACCCAGGGGCAAGAGGGCGGAACCCAGAAUCCGCCGACCCAUGAACGCCUUUAUGGUCUGGGCAAAGGCAGAAAGAAAGCGACUUGCUGACGAAAACCCAGACGUUCACAAUGCCGAUCUCAGUAAAAUGUUGGGUCGCAAGUGGAAAAGUCUCCCCUUGACUGAGAAGCGCCCAUUCGUGGAGGAAGCUGAACGCCUGAGGGUGCUGCACAUGCAGGAGCAUCCGGACUACAAGUAUCGACCGCGUCGGCGGAAACAUCCCAAGAGGACAUGUAAAAGAAUGGUUCAGGGUGCCCCAGGGUUUCAGGUCUCAACCACUGCAGUCGCUCCUGCAACCCCUAACGCAGUACCCUCGUCUGUUACUAUGGCCACACCUUGCAGCAUGGCAGCCACACCAAAGAAAGAACACAUGAACAGUAGCUGUAACUUCCCUAUUACUCCAGAGUCGUCUCCGUGUUCCAGUCCUAAUCUAGACCACCCCCGACCAUCAUCACCUACUUACAGUAGCAUGCAGGACUUCAGUAACGACGAGUAUGAAGACUCCAUGACCGGUCCACCAUCGGGACUUCUAACCCCAGAAUCCCCCAUGGAGCCACGUGAUGGGCACGUGUUCAAGUUUCCACCUUCUACCAGCAUCAGCAACGAUACCACCUCCUCCUCCAUAAACGAACUCGUGAGACGAUUCAGUCCUUCAGGGAACCCUUGGUUUGAAAAGCCGGUGGCCCCCACCAGUGUAAACCUGACCAACACAUCAGAGCACCUCGUGACUCUUAGAGCCCUCGUGCAGCGUCGCCAUCCCUCCAACAUGGUCUACUCCAACAUGAACUGUCGCAUGGCAUCCAUGGUGGGGAGCGAUCACACAAUGUCGAGACCCUCCGCAACACAAUCCCCUCCGCCAUUGUGUCACAUGGGUCCACCCAGCUUUCCUCAGCACCCCACACAUCCGGAACCGCCUGUGCUUUCUCACUCGGGCCCGCGGGUCCUUCAGGCCGGGCUUCCCCGUUACGCUAUGCCGCCCGAUGACGUCCUUUUCGAGUUUUGUAAAGCUGAAUCCCUCCCAGACGUGGAUAGCAGUGAAUUUGACAAGUAUUUGAACGGACCAGGGCAUGAAUUUGUGAACUUUGUGUCAAAUCACAAUGGCUAUCAUUUAGCAGAUGAACAAACUAUGUACAACGAAGGCACUGGGUAUUCCCCUUGUGCGUCUUAUGAGGGACAGUACAAUGUUUAUGAAGGUUCCCCAGUAUAUAGAGAAGAGAGGAACUCGUAUAGUCCAAAUGGAGAUUCGACUUUAAUCUCUGCCAUUGCUAGUGCGCAGACUAUGUACUAAGGGUCUGAAGUGCGUAGAGGUAAAUGUGUGAACGUGUUGUGCAAUUACUGAUAUAACUAAAUCUUACAACACACACAUAAUGAAUCAGUGGCAAUAAUAUUGAGGAAAGCUGUGCUUUGUCACAUUGUCUUUUAUGGUACUGGCAGGCCAGACCAUAUGUUAGGGAGUUGCACAAUUACCGAAUUCCAUUUUAGUUUCUAAUCCGGCCUUUAAUAUUACAUCGAGUUAAGUUGCAUUUCUAAAGCUUACGUCCAUAGAAACCACAUUUAGUUGCUUUUACUAGCAUUUUAUUAAUUCUUCCGUCACAUAGGAUUAGUCUGUCCAUUCCAGUACUGCCUCUGGUGCAGUGUCGUCUGCAAUAUUCCCGCCAUUUUUAUGAGUCAAGAGUAACAUGUAUCCCGGCUUGUAGUGUGAGUGUGAUGUGUGCGGCCCUGGUGAGCCGACGGUGCAUGUGUAUAGGGCUAGGGUUAUGUUCUGUUCUCAUUAAAUCUAAGAAAUUGGGACCACAAAACUGAAAUGAAGAAAACGUGCAAAGAGUACCGUGAGAAGUCGGGUUGAGUGCGUUUGAAAGCCGAGACUGACUUUUAAAGACGACUGAAGGAAUAGUUGGCUCUGUACCAGCUUGGGAGGUUUUUUGAUCGAGACUAGCAAUCCAUAUAAUUUAAUUGUCUCUUGAUGCAAACAUUUUGAUAGGAAUGAUUUUUUACAUGCAGUACUUUUAAUUGCAAGAUUAGUUUUAAUUGUUAUUUUUGUUCCUGUUCUAUGAAUUUAAUCUGUAUUAUAAAAUACAUUGAGGAUAUUCUGUAGUUUUAAGUUAUUUUUAUGUAUAUAGACAUCGGUCAGAAUUUAUCAUCAAUUAUAACUGGACCCAUGUAGCGUCCCGGCAUUCCAGGGGUUAUCAAGAUGUUAAUCGAAUUUACUUGCUUUUUUUAGGUUUGCAUAUUUUAGCCACGAAAAAGUGUCGAUCAUUUUCUGAUUAAUGUUAAUGACGUGUUCCCCGUUUUAUUUUCAUCACACUUGUUUGUUGUGGAGGCGACCAAAUAGCAGGUACUAUAAUUCUUCCCUCUGCUGACGGCAGAACAUAACUUUCUACACAUUUAUGUAUCGCAGUUGAAGUAGUUUGAUUGAAGAGGUUUACAAAAUGUUUGUAAACUCAGCAAAGAGAAUCCAAAGAACCUCCUAGCUACCGAUGUGAUUUAUGACCGAAGUCGUUGUGUCCGUGUACGUACAUGUCGCGGGACUUGAUGUAUUUCACAGCCCUCCUUCAGUGCUACUGACGAAUUUAGUCAGUAAAACCGCUCACUUGUGCCAAAAGCCGCAGCUUUCUCUUACCCUCGUCAGCAUUUUUCAUUUUCUAGACAAUCCAAAAUGGCCAUUAUGUGCCUAUAUUUUUCAGGACCACUAUUCUUAGUGGUGAUGUAUUGAAACUGCUGUAGGUAGAAGUAUUACUUUCUAAUAUUCGAGUGCACGGAAUGUACACGUACUCUAGUAUUGGGUCACCUCAAGAAAGGAAUAAAAGCUAUACUUGUUUUAUUUGGUCGGGUUAGCUAAUGGGGUUUCACUUAAAAAAGACCCCUUGAACGCCUUUCUCUAACGCAGCCCCACUGAUUUUAUUGAGAAGACCCGAGCAUGGGAUGUUAAUUAAUUCCCAGUCCGUUCUCUGUUAUCUGGUAUUUAAUAUCACGUGCGAUUAACUUGUCGUGUGGACUUCCCUCCUUGUUGUUAAUAUGUCUUGUGUUAAACUUUUAAAAUUGUUUGAUAACCUGUUGUAAGUGGUCCUUAAGUUAGUUUAUAAACAUUUAAAGCGAGUCUAAUACACUGGAGUGCGUAACUACGGUAUAUAAAGCUUUAUUUGAUUUUAAUGGUACUAUUUUUAUAUGGUGAUAAUGAUGAUACUCAUUAUCCAGAGCACACAUUUUGUAAAAACUGAUUUUGAAGAUGAUGAAUAUAAUGUUUAGUAAUAAAUUGUAAAUGUAUAUGUCUAAAUUAUUCACUAAUUACUUUAUUUAAAUAUUGUUUAUCCUAUCUGUUUUUGAUGAA